AUGAAACUUGCAAGAGUCUUUGCAUUUUUGAUUUUAAUUGUCCAAUUGACACUUAUUACUCCUUCCUGGGCACUUGAAAAACGAGUUUGGCCGCGUCGUCCUAUUAAUGAAGUUAGAAAAAGAA